AUGGAUAAUUUAAAUUUCGUGCAAUUAGUGCGACUGAUGAUGGAUGAUCAUAAUAUUACAAUUAGCACUAUAAACCUUGUGCCGAUAGAAAAUUCAGAAAACUGCAAAAAAAUCAACAAGGUUCAUAACUUAAACGGUGACAAAUGGAAUUUAGUAAAACUCUUGUUUUUGUACAUAUUGCAAGGCGUACCAUUGGGAUUCAGUGAUGCAUUUCCGAUUUUACUAAAAUCUAAACAGUUUUCUUACUAUGACCAGGCAAUAUUUAGUGUGAGCACGUGGCCGUUUACUUUCAAAAUUUUAUGGGCUCCGUUAGUAGACUCUAUUUAUUGUCCAUCAGUGGGAAGGCGAAAAAUGUGGCUUGUUCCUGUAUACAUACUACUCGGUUCUUGUCUACUGCUGUGUAGUUUUUAUAUAAAUGGUUGGUUGUUGAACACCGGGGAUCCAAAUGUGAUUCCGCUGACUAUCGUUUGGUUAAUCAUAAAUUGCCUGGCUGCUACUCAGGAUAUUGUAGUUGACGGAUGGGCAUGCUCUAUGCUACAAAAGCAUAACAUACACUACUCGUCAAUGUGCAACGCGACCGGUCAAUCGCUGGGAUCUUUCUUAGGAUAUGCAGUUCUCUUAUUACUCGGAUCCGAAACGUUUUGCAACAAAUGGUUACGUUUUUACCACAAAUCCGGUGGUAUUAUCACGAUAAAAGGUUAUCUAUAUUUUUGGGGAAUCGUGUACAUUGUAGCAGCGGUAUGUGUAUCCAAGUUCAAACGCGAAACCCAACCGUCGGCCGAACAAAAAGGUCUGGGCGUGUUAAACACUUACAAGCUACUUUGGGACAUCAUAAAGUUGCCGAACGUUCAGAUUCUAGGCAUGAUAUUUCUAACUGCAAAAAUAGGAUUCGCCACUAUCGAUACAGUGACAAAUAUGGAAUUCAUGGAAGCUGGAGUAUCAGAAAACAAUAUUGUUAUAAUUGGCAUAUUGGUAUUUUUAGUGAAAUUGAUAGUUCCUAUAACUAUUACUAAAAUAACAAAGUCAGCGAAAUCGAUGGAUGUCUACAUGCACUGUGUACCAUACAGGUUGCUGCAUGGUUUAGCAUUUUCGUUGUUGUUGUAUUACACUCCAACACUUUUAAGAACAGGCGGUAUUGUAAAAGCAGGUUUUUACACCAUGUUGGGAUUCACUUUUAUAACACAUCAAAUUUAUUCAUUCAUUAUGUAUGUAAUUUACCUGUCGUUUGUAUCUAAAGUAAGUGAUCCAAAUUUUGGUGGGAUUUACAUGACAUUGCUAUGCACUUUUGCAAACAUUAGCUUAGCUAUAACAAAGACGGGUUCACUUUGGUUGGUUGACGUUCUUACUUUCAAACAAUGUACUACCAGUUCUCAAAACUAUUGUUCGGCUUCUACAUUGAUCAAAUCUUGUCGAGCAGCAGGUGGUAAAUGCAGUACCAUAAUCGAUGGAUUCUACGCCGAGGUAGUUAUCUCUUCAAUUUUAGGUAUAAUAUGGUUUUACAUAAUAAAAAAACCAUUAACUAACUUAUACCUCAGUGAUCGAAAAAAUUGGCUUGUUUACAAAGAAGACAAUUCAAAAAAAGUAAAUGUUAAUGACACUACUCGUUUUUAAAUAAUAAUUUAAGAAAAAUGUAUUUAAAUGAAAGUAUAAAUUUUAUUUGAGACUGUA